CUACGCACGCAGGCAUCAGACCUGAUCAUGAAGUACGACGAGCACGUCCUCACUGAUACGUACAAGAUCGGAGUCAUCUAUCAAAAGAUGGGACAGGUGAGUGAGGAGUCCUUAUUUGGUAACGUCGGUCACAGUGCCGCCAUGGAGGAGUUCCUCAACUUUCUCGGGGGUCGUGUCAAACUGAAGAACUUCACGGGUUUUCGGGGCGGCCUGGACACAAAGUUUGACCAGACAGGAGUGGAUUCAGUGUACUCAGAGUUCAAAGGUCAGAAGGUCAUGUUCCACGUGUCAACCCUACUGCCACACAGCGAAUCUGAUGCUCAACAGUUACAACGCAAGCGACACAUCGGCAAUGACAUCGUCUCCAUCAUCUUCCAAGAAGACAACACACCCUUCAUCCCGAACAUGGUGGCAUCCAACUUCCUCCACGCCUACAUCGUCGUUCAACCAAUCAAACGAGUUUGCGUGACAGCACGAGAAGAUGUUCCGAACUUUGGACCCCCCCUACCUCACCCCCCCAUCUUCAAGAAGGGACCUGCUUUUAGGGACUUCCUUUUCGCAAAAAUGAUAAAUGCUGAACUUUCAUGCUACAAGUCAAAUAAGUUCAGCGAACUGGAGGACAGAACGAGGUCAGCCCUGCUUGAAUCGUUGUUUCAAGAUUUG